AAGGUGAAGAGCAGAAGGGCCCUUCAAAAGGCAUCUUUGUACCCCCGUGUGGCUGUAGCUCCGUCCAUCCUGCUCGCAGGCACCCAGCCACCAUGUGGGAGCUCUUAGCUGUCUUACUGCUCACCCUUGCUUAUUGCUUUUGGCCCAAAGCAAGGCGCUCUGGAGCCAAGUACCCCAAGAGCCUCCCAUUCCUGCCCCUGGUGGGGAGCCUGCCCUUCCUCCCUAGGCGUGGACACCCUCACAUCAACUUCUUCAAGCUGCAGGAAAAGUAUGGCCCCAUCUUUUCCUUUCGUCUGGGUACCAAGACGACUGUGGUUGUCGGCCACCACCAGCUAGCCAAGGAGGUGCUCAUCAAGAAAGGCAGAGAGUUCUCCGGACGGCCCCAUGUGAUGACUCUGGCAAUCCUGUCAGACAACCAGAAGGGCAUCGCCUUCGCCGACAGCGGUCCCCACUGGCAGCUGCAUCGGAAACUGGUGCAGGCUGCCUUUGCCCUGUUCAAGGACGGCCACCAGAAGCUGGAGAAGAUCAUACAUCAAGAAAUCAGCUUAUUGUGUGAUUUCCUGGCCACUCAGAACGGACAGACCAUAGAUUUGGAACUGCCUGUCUUCCUGGCGGUGACCAACAUGAUCUCCAUGAUCUGCUUCAACUCCUCCUACAAGUGCGAUGACCCAGAUCUGAAGAUCAUCCAUGACUACAAUCAGGGCAUCCUGGACACCCUGGGCAGUGGAGGCCUGGUGGACAUCUUUCCCUGGUUGACGAUUUUCCCCAACAAACCACUGGAAAUUAUGAAGAAUGCAGUGAAAUUACGAAAUGAGUUGCUGAAAAGAAUCCUAGAGAAAUACAAGGAGAACUUCAGCAGCGAUUCUAUCAACAACCUCCUGGACAUCCUGAUCCAAGCCAAGAUGAACUCAGAAAACAAUAAUGAUGGCGGCCCAGACCAGGAUUCAGAGCUGCUGUCAGAUGGACACAUCCUGACCACUAUUGGGGACAUCUUUGGGGCUGGGGUGGAGACCACCACCUCUGUGAUGAAGUGGACCGUGGCCUUCCUGCUCCACAACCCCCAGCUGAAGAGGAAGCUCCAGGAGGAGAUUGACCAGAAGGUAGGUUUUAGCCGCACACCAGCCAUCAGCGACAGGAACCGUCUCGUCCUGCUGGAGGCCACCAUCCGCGAGGUGCUUCGCAUCCGACCUGUGGCCCCACUGCUCAUCCCUCACAAGGCUUCCACAGACUCGAGCAUUGGUGAGUUCGCUGUGGACAAGGGCACACAAGUGAUCAUCAAUCUGUGGGCAAUGCACCACAGUGAGAAGGAGUGGCACCAGCCAGACCAGUUCAAGCCUGAGCGCUUCUUGGACCCCACGGGGAGCCAGCUCAUCUCGCCAUCUCUCAGCUACCUACCCUUUGGGGCAGGACCCCGGUCCUGCGUGGGUGAGGUCCUGGCCCGCCAGGAGCUCUUCCUCUUCCUGUCCUGGGUGCUGCAGAGGUUCGACCUGGAGGUGCCGGAUGACGGGAAGAUGCCCUCCCUGGAGGGCAAUCCCAAGGUGGUCUUUCUGAUUGACUCCUUCAAAGUGAAGAUCAAGGUGCGACAGGCCUGGAGAGAAGCCCACGCUUAGGGUGGUACCUAGAGGCUGUGCCCGGUGGCCCCACGACUCCACCCACUGCAGCCCGGAAGUCUCUGAAUUAAGAGUUGCUACCCUCGCCGCCCCUCGUCCCGCCCCCCCACUUCCGCUCCCACCACCUGGCCCUCCUCCCAGCCCACCCCGGUCUCUUCCAGUCUGUGGCACUGGGAGUGACGUGCAGAAAUGAAAGUCUUUGUCAGAAGCUCCCUGAGCAGCUCAUUCAUUCUUUCAAUAAAUAUUUUAUUGAGCAUC